AUGUUGCUACGUCUACAGUGGUACAAUCUCAAUGUUGUAUACAGGAAAGGCAAAGAUAUGGUGGUAGCAGAUACAUUGUCGAGAGCAUACUUACCAGACACCAGUUCUGACGUGACAGGACUAGAUGAUUUAUGUUUAAUUGAUAUGAUCUCUGUGAGCAGCGAGAGAUACUCUGAUAUUAGAACAAGAACGCAAAGAGAGCUACAGCCUCUAUACAACACAAUUGUUCAAGGAUGGCCAGAUACGCGUAGAGAGACACCUUAUGAAAUUAGAAAUUUCUGGGACUCCAGAGACCAAUUGUCUGUGUUUGAUGGUGUAAUCUACAAAGGCCUCAGAAUAGUUAUUCCACCGUCAUUACAAAAGUACAUGCUUAGCUUGAUACACGAGUCACAUCUUGGAGUUGUGAAAUGCAAACAGCGUGCAAGGGAAGUCAUGUUUUGGCCUGGAAUGAAUAUGGAAAUUGAAAACAUGGUGAGAGACUGCAUAAAAUGUUCUGAGUAUCAAAACAGGUUACCCGCAGAACCGUUGAAACCGACCGUCCCUCCAGAUCUACCCUAUACUGAAGUUGGUUGUGACAUAUUUGACUUUGGAGCAAAGAAGUACCUACUUCUCAUUGAUUACUAUUCAAAGUACAUUGAUGUUGUAGAACUGAAUGCCGCAACUACAACUGCUACAAUCAAUGCUAUGAAAUAUGUGUUUAGUUGUCAUGGCAUACCUCUUAAAAUCAGAUCAGACAAUGGACCACAGUUUAGUUCAUGUGAAUUCAAACAAUUUUGCAAAGUGUAUGAUAUUGAACAUAUGACCUCCAGUCCUCAGUACCCAGGUUCAAAUGGGGAAGCUGAGAGAGCUAUUCAAAUUGUGAAGAAAAUGUGGAAAAAAUGUGAUGACAAGUAUCUUGCUCUACUCAACUACAGAACUACACCUUUGGAAGGCAUAAACUUGUCCCCUUCGCAGUUGUUAAUGGGACGCAGACCUAGAAACACACUGCCUGCAGCUCGAAAUCUGUUAAAACCACAGGCAUAUAACCAACGAGAGGUGAAACGUCAUUUUAGCCAGGAGAAACUAAAGCAGAAAUAUUAUUAUGAUCAAAGGAAAGGCGCUAAAUAA